AAAAGAAAGAAAAAUAAAUGUUCCACACCAUUACCAUAACUACAACUAGAAGAGGAUCUUUUUAAGGAGAAAGCAGAGAGAGAAGAAAGGAGUGUGUGUGUGUUGUCUGUUGUGUCUUUUAUUACACACAAAUAGAUGAAACGAGGAAAGCUAUUACUUCUUUUCUAACAUCCAUAAACAGAUCCUUCCUUUCGCAGAGAAUCAAUCUUGGACUAGUCUGAUGGAUCUACUUUCAUUUUGUUGGAUUUGAUGUUUUGUUUCGGCUAAAUCUCAUUUCAAUUACCCCCAAAAACGAAAACAAAAUUAAAAGUCUCCUCCCACCAAAAAAUAUAUCAAAAAUCAAAUCCUAGGAUUAUUAAACAAGGAGAAAAAGAUGGUGAGGGGAAAAACUCAGAUGAAGCGAAUAGAGAAUGCAACAAGCAGACAAGUCACUUUCUCUAAACGAAGGAAUGGCUUGUUGAAGAAAGCCUUUGAGCUCUCAGUGCUUUGUGAUGCUGAAGUUUCUCUGAUCAUUUUCUCUCCUAAGGGAAAACUUUAUGAGUUCGCCAGCUCCAAUAUGCAAGAUACCGUAGAUCGUUAUCUGAGGCACACCAAGGAUCGAGUCAGCAGCAAACCGGUUUCUGAAGAAAAUAUGCAGCAUUUCAAACAUGAAGCAGCAAACAUGAUGAAGAAAAUUGAACAACUUGAAGCUUCCAAACGUAAACUUUUGGGAGAAGGCAUAGGAUCAUGCUCGAUUGAGGAGCUGCAGCAAAUUGAGCAACAACUCGAGAAAAGUGUCAAAUGUGUUCGAGCAAGAAAGACUCAAGUGUUUAAGGAACAAAUUGAGCAGCUGAAGCAGAAGGAGAAAGCUCUAGCUGCAGAAAACGAGAAGCUCGCUGAAAAGUGGGGAUCUCAUGAAAUCGAAGUUUGGUCGAAUAAGAACCAGGAAAGUGGACGAGGUGACGAAGAGAGUAGCCCAAGUUCUGAAGUUGAGACACAAUUGUUCAUUGGGUUACCUUGUUCUUCAAGAAAGUGAAGCAACUACUAUUCCAAGAACAACAAAAACAAAACAAAGCAAAAAACAUAUAUGUAAAAACGGGUUAGCAGUGAGUGUAUAAGGACAAGUAACAAAGCUCUAAAGCUGUUUCUCUUGUUAUCUUCUUUCUCUCUCUCUCACUCUCACUCUCUUCUUUAAAACUGAACUGCCUGUGGUAUGUAUCUAUGUUCUUAUACACUUCCCUUCUCUAGAAUCUAAUUAUGUUUACUGUUCACUUUUAA